CCACGUUCGUAUAAAAGCGGCGCACGGCGGUUUGCGGAGCGCACAAGAGUACGGUGCGUGAGCCUCGAGGCGGGAUGACCGAGCGAAGCCGCACUCCGACGACGUCACCGAAUUUGGACGCGUCAAGGUGCGCGUGAGCGAAGCUGCAGGUGACACUUUUGGAAAAGAACCGAGAACUUUUCGCCAUGGAGCUGGGGAGCGCGUGUCGGGUACUCCUCUUCCCGGUCCAAAUGCUCUUCUACGUGCUGCGUUCCGCGGUGUCGCGGCUGGUGCCGAGCAGACGGAAGCAGCUGACCGACGAGGUGGUGUUGGUCACGGGAGGGGGACGCGGCAUCGGACGGCACCUGGCCAAGGAGUUCGCCAAACAGGGCGCCAGGAGGGUAAUCCUUUGGGGUCGCACAGAAAAGUGCCUCAAAGAGACGUCUGAAGAAAUCUCCCUGGCGGGAACAGAGUGCCACUACUUCCUGUGCGACGUGGCCAAUCGGGAGGAGGUUUACAAGCAAGCCAAGGUUGUUCGAGAAAAGGUGGGAGAUGUUACCAUUUUAGUGAACAACGCAGCUGUGGUCCACGGCAAAAGUUUGAUGGACAGCGACGACGAUGCCUUGCUAAAAUCGCAGCAUAUCAAUACCUUGGGGCAAUUUUGGACCACUAAGGCGUUUCUGCCUCGGAUGCUGGAGCUCCAGCACGGUCACGUCGUGUGCAUCAACUCCAUCCUGUCCCAGUCGCCUAUCCCCGGGGCCAUUGACUACUGCACCUCCAAGGCCUCGUCCCUGGCCUUCAUGGAGAGCUUGACGCUGGGCCUGCUGGACUGUCCCGGCGUCGGAUGCACCACAGUCCUUCCCUUUCACACCAACACGGAAAUGUUCCAGGGCAUGAGAGUCAGAUUCCCCCAGCUGUUUCCGCCCCUCAAGCCCGAGGUGGUCGCCCAAAAGACCGUGGACGCUGUCCGAGCAGAUAUUGCUUUUCUCUACCUGCCUUGGACCAUGCAUGCGCUUGUCGUUCUUAAAAGUUUCAUGCCACAAGUUGCACUUGAAGAAAUCCACAAGUUUACGGGGAGUUAUACCUGCAUGAACACGUUCAAAGGACGGACAUGAGCCUCAACGCUGUUGGCUUCAACUGCGCCAACUCUGAGGACUAAGAACUAUGGACCUAAAUGUACUCUGAGUUGGAGAAAACUCCACUACAGAGGGAUAUUGCAAGAUUUUUAUUUGCAGGGUGAAUUAUUUGAUCAAGGACUGUCAGGUCACCCUUUUUGAAUGUCAGGGAAUGUUUGUAAAUACUGUACAGAGAUGCCUUCCCAGAAGCCAUGUAUAGGUCUGUACCUGUGACACUUGUUUUAGUCAGAUGUUUAAACUCGCUAUUUUUAUUUGCAUAAAAUCAAGAUAAUAAAAAGCAGUUUUAGAGAUGACUUUUCUGUACUUUGUAUGAGAAUUUACUAUUAGGAUUUUGAUGCCUGUAGCGGUGUGAUAGCACUUUUUAGAUUGAUGACAGGCGUGUGUUCAGAGACUGUGACAGGAUAUUGUCAAAGACAUAAAACGUGAAGUUGCUGGGGUGUUAUCUACUGUCGAACUUGGGAGGACUUCUCCUGGAACAUGAUGAGCACGUCGAUCAGGACCUUGUCAUUUCGUGGCCGGGAUGAUAUAAGACAUUCGGUCAGAUUCUGUGCGGUCGUCUGCCGCCACGGCUUGACUCCAUCUCAUGCACCACAUAAAACGGCUAUUAAUGCUAUUUUAUAGGAGGGCGAAAAGUCAAUGUCGCACAUUAAAUCGAUGGCACGCUACCUUUGAGUCAGCAUAAUCGCAAUGCUUUCACUUGUUUCAUUGGCUUACGCUGAUAUUCAAAUAAUGACAGUGUGCUGUGGAUUUAUUACAUAUUCAUUAGGGGUUAUAACCGGAACUUGUCCAAUUUGUAGAUGGUGCAGUCUUGG